AUGGAUAUCCGCGGGGCGGUUGCUGACGACCCCACAAACCUCAUCGCUGCCAAGGCAGCCGAGGUGCGGGCCAACCUGGUGAACUGGCAGUCCUACCUGCAGAGUCAGAUGAUUUCAGCAGAAGACUGCGAGUUCAUUAAGAAGUUUGAAGUGGCCAACUCUGAGGAGAAACAGGUCAUUCUGACCAACGAGGGACAUCAGUGUGCCAAGACCUUUCUGAACCUGAUGGCCCACAUCUCCAAAGUGCAGACAGUCCAAUACAUCCUGACUCUGAUUGAUGACACCCUGCAGGAGAACCAUCAGAGGGUGAACAUCUUCUUCGACUACGCCAAAAAGACGAAGAACACCGCCUGGUCAUGUUUCCUUCCGAUGCUCAAUCGUCAGGACCUGUUUACUGUCCACAUGGCUGCAAGGAUCAUCGCGAAGCUGGCUGCGUGGGGCAGUGAUCUGAUGGAGGGAAGUGAUCUGAACUACUAUUUUAACUGGAUAAAAAGUCAGCUCAGUUCACAGAACCUACAUGGUACAGGUCCAGAAUCAAGCUCAGGAGCAGGAACAAUUUCCCCCAGUGAAAGCUCUCAGAAUGUCCAGUGUGUGGCUGGGUGCCUUCAGCUGAUGCUGAGAGUGAAUGAGUAUAGGUUUUCCUGGGUGGAGGCUGAUGGGGUCAACUGCAUUACAGCGGUGCUGAGCACCGAAUGUGGCUUCCAGCUCCAGUACCAGAUGAUCUUCUGUGUUUGGCUCCUGGCCUUCAGUCCUCAGCUCUGUGAGCAUCUGAGACGCUACAACGUAGUGCCAGCCCUGUCCGACAUCCUCCAGGAGUGUGUCAAGGAGAAGGUCAACCGAAUCAUCCUGGCUGCCUUCAGGAAUCUCCUCGAGAAGUCGUCCGAGCAGGAGACUCAUCAGGAGUACGCUUUGGCGAUGAUUCAGUGCAAGGUGCUGAACCAGCUUGAGAACCUUGAGCACCAGAAGUAUGAUGACAAGGACAUCACGGACGACAUCAAAUUCCUGCUGAAGAAGCUGGGAGACAGCAUGCAGUAUCUGAGCUCAUUGAUGAGGUACAAAUAUGAAAUCAGGUCCGGACGCCUGGAAUGGAGUCCGGUGCACAAGUCUGAGGAGUUCUGGCGUGAGAAUUCCUUCCGUCUGAACGAGAACAACUACGAGAUGCUCAAGAUCUUGACGAGGCUGUUGGAGGUGUCUGAUGAUCCUCAGGUCAUAGCGAUUGCGGCUCACGACAUUGGAGAGUAUGUGCGACAUUACCCACGCGGCAAACGGGUGAUCGAGCAGCUGGGUGGAAAACAACUGGUGAUGAAUCACAUGUUCCACAAGGACCAGCUGGUCCGUUACAACGCCCUGUUGGCUGUGCAGAAGCUGAUGUUCCACAACUAUGUCCAUAAGGAUACUCCAGCCAGCACCCUGCCGCCUCAGCCUGCCUUCUGA